AUGGCUUCUAUUAUUGAUGACAUCUAUGAUGUUUAUGGGACCCUAGACGAACUUAAACUUUUCACAGAUGCAAUUGAAAGGUGGGAUAUUAGUGCCAUAGAUCAGUUACCAUCGUACAUGAAAUAUUUUUACCAAUCUCUCUUAGAUGUUUAUCUCGAAGUUGAGAGAGAGUUAGGGAAGAUAGGAAAAUCGUAUCGUUUUCAGUACGCGAUUGAUGAGAUGAAAAAAUUAGUCCGUGCAUAUUUCGAAGAGGCAAAAUGGACAUACAGUGGAUAUGCUCCAACAAUAGAAGAGUACAUGAAAGUUGCAUUAGUAUCUUGUGCUUACAUGAUGCUAUCUAUAACAUCUUUGGUAGGCAUGGGAGAACUGACUAAUGGACGAUAUGGUUGGACAUGGGGUAAGAACUUUGAAUUCUUAUAA